CUUUGAACUGGAACAGGUAUAUAAAGGUAGCCAAGCGCAAAGAACAGUGCAUUGGAGCCAUAUCAACUUGUUAACAGUUGACAGACUGACAUCAUGGGCAAAGUCAUCUUCUACGAGGACAGGAACUUCCAGGGUCGCUCUUAUGAGUGUAUGAGCGACUGUGGCGACUUCUCCUCCUACAUGAACCGCUGUCACUCUUGCAGAGUGGAGAGUGGAUGCUGGAUGAUGUAUGAUCAUCCCAACUACAUGGGAAAUGGGUAUUUCUUUAAAAGGGGCGAGUACGCUGAUUACAUGUCUAUGUUUGGAAUGAGCAACUGCAUCAGGUCCUGCCGUAUGAUCCCAAUGCACAGGGGAUCCUACAGAAUGAGGAUCUACGAGAGGGAGAACUUCAUGGGUCAGAUGUACGAGAUGAUGGAUGACUGUGACAACAUCAUGGACCGUUACCGCAUGUCUCACUGCCAGUCCUGUCAUGUGAUGGACGGCCACUGGCUCAUGUAUGAGCAGCCCCACUACAGAGGCAGGAUGCACUACUUCAGGCCUGGAGAGUACAGGAGCUUCAGCAAUAUGGGUGGCAUGAGAUUCAUGAGCAUGAGGCGUAUCAUGGACUCCUGGUACUAGUGUUUUAGCAUUAUGAUGAAUUACUUUCUCUAUAAAAA